UGGCGGAACAGCGGGGCAUCGAGUCAACUGGCGGAAACAGCGGGCACCGAGUCGUCUGGCAAGACUGCGGGCACCGAGUCGUCCCUGGCAUUGGAUCGUCUGGCUCGACAGCGGGCAUUUCGGGUCACCAGGUAUGACAGCAGGCACUGGGGCUCACCAGGCAUCAGGUCAUUUGGCUCGCCAGCGGGCACCGCGUCAUCUGCAAGGCAGUGGGCACCGAGAAGUCACCAGGUACGACAGCGGGCUCUGAGUCAAUUGGCACGACAGCGGGCACCGGAUCAGCGGGCAUCGAGUCAACGGGCUAAUAGGAUCAUCAGGCUGGAU